AGAGAAGCCUACACACAGUGGCUGGCUCGGAGCAGUGUGCCGCUGCCGCCCAAUGCUUUUAAAACGCGACGCCCAGUGAAUCCAAGCAUCCAAGUCGUCGUCGUCCUCCUCGCCUUUCCUCUCAAGGUCGGAAAAGGGGGGCAGGACCGCGGGAGCAAGCGGCGAGUGGAAAUCGCGAAUGACGCGCGCGCGCCGCCGAUGGCCGCACAGCCGCAGACGCUAGCGCUCGCGGGCCUCAUCCUCCUCAACUUCCUCCUCACCGCGGCGGCGCUGUACGUCCAACUCCGCCGCCUCCUCCGCACCCGCCGCAGGGACCCCCAGCAGCAGCAGCAGCCGCAUCAGCAGCCCAUCCCGCAGCCGCCCGGGACCGAGGCGGCGGCCCGCGAGCCGCCCGCGCCGGCGGAGGGGGAAGGGGAGGAGCACGGGGACGAGGGCGGGAGGGAGGAGAAGCGGCGGCGGCGGAGGGCGCGGAGGCGGCGGCAACCGCAGGAGGAGGGAGCGGGCGGCGGCGGGGACGCUGCCGCUGCGGCGCCCUCCGCGAAGGCGGCGGGGAGGGAGGGGAAGCCGGAGAAGGAGGAGCCGCUGCCGCGGCGGCGGCCGCAGUUCCCGCUCGCGUCGGUGGCCGGCACGCUCCAGCGGCGGAUCAACGAGCGCUACGACGACCUCGCUCGGGCGAGCGAGGCGCGGUGCCUCACCAUCGAACAGGUUAAUGAGUUUCUUAACUGUCUCAUAGAUGCUAGAAACGAGCUGCUGCAGAGGUGUGAGAACGUCCAAAGGAGCUUCAAAAUAAAGAAGGCAAUGCUAUCCAACCAUCGAAACUAUAGGUCUUCAUAUGAUCGCCUCUUUGAACAGGUACGCAGAUUGGAAGCUGAGCAUGAUAACCUAAAGAAAGAUGCCGCCAUCUACAAUUACAUUCAAGAGCGCCUUCAGAAGUCAGUGCCAUACAAAAUGAUCAUGGAGCUCAGUGCUAUGGAGAUGGAGGCCCCUGAAAUAUCGUUUGAGGAGUUGCUGGCUAAGGAGAAAGAGGAUACCGCCUUCUGGCAGCGUGAUGGGAAGAUGAGGUCAAUCUCAUCCAAGUAGGACGCAAGGUCCCUACUUGGGGUGGUGACUGACGAUGGCAGACUGCAACAUCCAUAGCGUCUCAACAUCAGUAGUGUAAAACCGAAUGCUCUCCCGAACCGUUGGUGUAGUGUGGUUAUCAACUUAUCAUGAUGUUGGGCGCUUGCCACUUACACUGGCCUAGUGGCCUGAAUCUUGGCAGAUUAAAGAGUGUUGCGUCGUGCUCGUCAGUAAUAA